AUGGCUUAUGAACGACGACGUUUAUCCACUGAAAGUGAUAAAUCUUCAACCAGUACAAAUCAUUCGACAGAAUCAACAACAAACACUUCAAAUCUUGUUCAUCCAAUUAUUUCUAAUGAACAAAAAUUAUCAAUAACAACAUCAAAAAAAUCCUCGACUAUAGAUACAAAUAAAAAUUAUCCAACAAAAAGAAGUUCAACAAUGUCAUCUCCUGCUGAACAAAUCUUAGCACGUACAAAAAAUACAUUUGUUGAUUUAAAUCCAUAUUUUCAAUGUUCAUCAUUACCAAGUCAUUGGCGAAAAAAUAAAUCUCUUCGUUUUAUAUUACGAACAAAAAAUGAUAUUGAAAUAAAAGCCAAUACACGUGUUAUUAUUCUUGCUGGUAAUGAAUAUAAUCCAUGUGCAACAUUAAAAAAUAAUAUCAGUUGGUUUCGUGGUGGUCAAGCAGAAUUUAAUGAUUUAAGAUUUUUGGGUGCUAGUGGACGAGGUAAAAAAUUUACAUUAACUAUUAUUAUUGAAACAAACCCACCUCAACAAUGCACUUAUCGACGAGCUAUCAAAAUAACAGUUGAUGGACCAAGAAAAAAACGUGAAUCGAAACCAAAGUCAGAUCUGAAUGAUAUUCAAGCGGAUGAAUCAAAUCUUGAUGGAGAUUCGGAUAAUGAUACACAAACAGAUAAGAAUACAAUGAUAACAGAAACAAAACCAACUGUUAGUCAAGGAUCAUCGGGUUUACUAUUACUUGCUGCUGCAGCUGAACAAAAACGAAAAGAUGAAGAAGAUGAACCAAUUAAUAAUAAUGUUCAAUCAUCAAAUUGUCUUAGUCCAUCAUCAUCUCUAGCUUCACAAUUUUCUAAAUCAAUUAUUUUUUCUCCAAUAUCCGAUGAUACGAAAUCCCAUAUAACACGACAUCGAUGUAUACAUAAUCAACCAACAUUAUCCAAUUCUCCAACAACGAAUAUUAUAUUAAGUUUAACAUCAAAUCAAAAUCGAUUUGAUUUUUAUCAUCAUCAACAACAACAACAACGACAUGAUCAACAAACAAUUGUUGCAACAUCAACAACAACUUCAACAUCAAAUACCCCAACAAGUACACAUGUUUUAUGUCGAUAA